AUGGGCCAGGAUUAUUACUCUGUGCUCCAGAUCACUCGCAAUUCAGAAGAUGCUCAGAUCAAGAAUGCGUACCGGAAACUUGCCCUUAAGAACCACCCGCUGAGAUCCAUUGAGCCAGGUGCAGUGGAGACAUUCAGGCAAAUAGCAGAGGCCUACGAUGUGCUGAGCGACCCUGUGAAAAGAGGCAUCUAUGACAAGUUUGGAGAGGAGGGUCUGAAGGGCGGAAUUCCUCUGGAGUUUGGAUCGCAGACCCCAUGGACAACUGGUUACGUCUUCCAUGGCAACCCAGAAAAGGUUUUCCAUGAGUUCUUUGGAGGAGAUAACCCCUUUAACGAGUUUUUUGAUCCAGAAGGAAACGAGGUAGACUUGAAAUUUGGGGGGCUCCGGGGCCGAGGGGUCAAGAAACAGGAUCCUCCAAUCGAACGAGACCUCUACCUGUCCCUGGAGGACCUAUUUUUUGGCUGCACCAAGAAAAUUAAGAUCUCCCGAAGGGUGCUGAACGAGGAUGGGUACUCCUCUACCAUCAAAGACAAGAUCCUCACUAUCGAUGUAAAGCCUGGUUGGAGGCAGGGCACACGUAUCACCUUUGAGAAGGAAGGGGACCAGGGUCCCAACAUCAUCCCAGCCGACAUCAUCUUCAUUGUAAAAGAGAAGCUACACCCUCGCUUCCGCAGGGAGAAUGACAACCUGUUUUUUGUGAACUCCAUCCCCUUGGGCAAGGCUCUGACCUGCUGCACCGUAGAGGUGAAGACCCUAGAUGACCGUCUGCUCAACAUCCCCAUCAAUGACAUAGUCCACCCCAAGUACUUCAAGAAGGUGCCAGGGGAGGGGAUGCCACUGCCAGAGGACCCCACCAAGAAGGGGGACCUCUUCAUUUACUUCGACAUCCAGUUCCCCACCCGCCUCACACCCCAGAAGAAGCAGAUGCUGCGCCAGGCGUUGCUGACAUAA